AUGGAGGGCGACAUGAAUGGCGUGAAUGGCGGCGUGAAUGGCCACGGCGUGAAUGGCGUGAAUGGCCACACCAAUGCCGUGAAUGGCCACACCGACACUGCCGACGACUCUGACAAUGCCCCCGAAAAUGCCCGCAACACCAACAACUACAAUCCCCUCGACGCAAGGGCCUUGCGGGCGGAACUCGACGAGGCCGUGCGGGCGGAAGUCGCCGAGGCCGUGCAGGCGGAACUCGACGAGCUUGUGCGGGCGGACAACAACAGGGCCAUGGAACUCAACGCGCGACUCGAUGCGGCGCUGGCGGACCUCGUGCGGGAGGCCGCACUAGCGGAUGCGAUGCGGGCGGACGACGAGGUCCUGCGGGCGCACAACGAGGCCAUGCUGGCGGACAUCGAGACGGAGGAGAGGCUGGCGGACGAGGCCACGGCGGAGACGGACGCGAUGAUGGCAGAGCUCGAAUACCUCGACGAGGAGGAGGCGAGGCUAGAGGCCAUGCAGACGGAGGUGAUGCUGGCGGGUCUCGAAUACCUCGCCACAGACGAGGCCGUGGCGGAGGCCAUGCUUGCAGAAGCAAAGGCCAUAGCGCAAGACACGGACACGGAGGCGGCGCAAGACACGGAGGCGCAGGCCCUGGACUUCGACCCCCUGAUGGAACUUGAGGAUGCCAUGCUGGCGGCAGACGCCGAGGCGGCUGCUGCAGCUGACGAGUGGGCAGAGGCGCUGCUAGCAGAUAUCGACAACGAGACCCAGCAGCGCCUCAACGACGAGACACCUGACACGGACACGGAGGCGGCGCAAGACACGCAGGCGCAUGCCCUGGACUUCGACGCCCGGCUAGAACUCGAGACGGCCAUGCUGGCGGCGCUCGCCGCGGCGGCUCCUGCGGCUGACGAGAGGGUGGAAGCGCUGCUGGCGCAUCUCGACGACGAGACGCAGCUGGGUCUCGACGAGGCCGCGCAAGACACGGACGACGAGGCCGCGCAAGACACGGACAACGAGGCCGCGCAAGACACGGACAACGAGGCCGCGCAAGACACGGACGACCAGGCCAUGGACAAAGAGGCCGUGGCGGCGGAGGCAAUGCUGGCGGGGCUCGAGGACCUCGACGAGGCGCUGGCGGCAGAGGCGUUGCUGGCGGCCGUCGACACGGAGGCGCUGGCGGCGGCGGUGCUGGCGGAUGUCGAGGAGGCCAUACAGGCGCAGGAGAUGCUGGCGGGGCUCGAGGACUUGCCAGACCUUGACUUGCCUUUGCCAGACCUUGACUUGUCUGUGCCAGAUAUCGACUUGCCUUUGCCAGAUGUCAACUCGGACGAGGACUUGCCAGACGUGAAGCAAGAUAUCAAGAACUCGGACGGGAACUUGCCUUCGCCAGACGACAACUCUUUUCCAGAGGUCAUUUACGUAUCGUCAGAUGACGAGAACUCGGACGAGGACUUGCCAGACGAGAACUUGCCUGACGAGAACUCGGACGUUGAGGACUUGCUAGACGAGAACUUGGCAUUCGAAGAGAACUCGGACGUUAAGAACUUGCUAGACGACGAGAACUUGCCUUCGCCAGAGCAAGAUAUCAAGAACUCGCCUUCGCCAGAGAACUUGAACUCGCCAGACGUCAUUUACGUAUCGUCAAACACUCUACCCCAUAAUCCGGUGAAGCAGGAGAACGAGAACUCGCCUUCGUCAGACGAGCCUUCAGAGAACUUGCCAGACAACUCGUGCUCUCUGCAAGACUAUCAAGACACGUCGGCUAGCCCAGACUACACCCAAGACAUUGUCGUGCCCGACCUGCCAGACUACACCCAAGACAUUGAGGACACGCUCAUGUUGGAUAUGCUGCAAGAGCUUGACGACAUGCAGGACUUGGCCGCCGGCUGGCCAGACCUGCAGGAAACCAUCGACAGGCUGGACGUGGCUAGCCCAGACAUGGACUUGGCCAGCACUCCAGAAUAUUCUGCGGCUAGCCCAGGAUAUUCCGCGGCUAACCCAGGAUAUUCCGCGGCUAGCCCAGAAUAUUCCGCGGCUAGCCCAGAUAGGCACGACAUGGACACUGAGGACAUGGACACUCCAGGAUAUUCCGCGGCUAGCCCAGAAUAUGGGCACAUAGACACUGACCACGACAUGGACACUGACCGAGAGAUCGACGACUUCGCCAGCACUCCUGACCAACAGGACAUGGACUCGCUCGUGCUUCAAUCGAUCGAGGACGAGGCCACCCUUCGAGACAUCCAGGACGAGGCCGUCGUUCAAGAGUUCGAGGACACGCGGGGCUUCGACAUCCGCGACUACUACACGUCCACCCCAGACAUUUGGCCCACGCCAGACCCAGUCCAUUGGGACCAGCGGCAAGAGAUCGAGGAGUGGCAGCGAGGGAUCCACAACCGUCACGAGGUCGACGAUUGGCGAGUGCACGACUCUAGCCCGUCCGCUUCGUCAGAGGAGGACUUUUGGGCGGGCAGUCCCGCGCCGCCCAACCCCAACCGGCGGGCUAGCCGCACGCCGAGCUACGACCCCGACGACCUGAUGAUGCAGAUUCUGGACGAGGACAUGCAGGGCUUGGCCGUGGGAGAGGACAUGCAGGGGGCCGCGAGAGAGCAAGACGACGACGUCAUUUACGUGGGUACCACUCAGGGAAAGCAGGAGCCAGAGGGUCCGAAGCAGGAAGAGGAUUCAGACGACGACGUCAUCUACGUGCGUACCGUCGCUCUGCGCCAGCAAGACAGCCCGCACAGCCUUGGUCAAGCAGAGGACAUGGCCGUGGCAAGUCCGUCCACUAUGGACCAUCGAAUCGAGGAUAUGGACGACAUGCCUACGCCGGGCAGCCCGCAAGACAGCUUCGGUCAAGCAGACAAGACGUCUUCGCACCAGGACAUCCUUCCGCUCAACAUGCCCGUGGCCAGCCCGCCCCCUCUAGUCGACAUGCCCCACGUCGACAUGCCCCCCCUGCCACACGCCGACAUGCCCCCCAACAUUGUCGACAUGCCCGCCGACAUGCCCCCCCCCACCGCCUUUCGCUGCCGCUCACCGCUUCCGCUGGUCUCCGACAACAAAGUCUUGGACAAUAUCAAAGUCUUGGUCCAGAAAGAGGGCCGCUUCCACGCCGUCGUUGCCGAUGCGCGCGAAAAGCUCCGGGACAAGGCCCAGAAGGCCCAGAAGGCACGGUACCGCAUCGCCAAGAGCGCGAAGCGGGCGCUCGUCCGCGGUACGCCGUUGCUCGAGCCGGCCUCCAGCGACGACCGGGACGACAGCGACGACAGCGACGAGCGCGACACCUCUCGCUGCCUCUGCUGGCUUGACUGGCACAACCGGGAGGGCGUAGACAAGGAAUGCGUCCACGGAAACAAGGGCGUGCAAGAAGGCGUCUACGUCCAAGGCAAAGAAGGCGUCCAAGAAGGCGUCUACGUCCAAGGCGUCCACGUCCAAGGCGAACAAGGCCACGUGCAACACAACCAACACAACGUCCCCCGCAGCGCGCUAAAGAGGUUCGCGUCUGGCGCUAGCCGCGCCCUGACUGGCUUCGCGGCCGCGGCCUGGGACAGGUGGUACAGGGUCGACCGCAACGCCGACGCAGGCAACGCCCCCGAGGACGACGCAGGCAACACAGCCGCAGGCAACGCAGCCGCAAGCAACGCAGACCCCAACGCAGACCCCGACGCAGGCAACGCAGAACCCGCACCCGAGGACGACGCAGCCGCAGGCAACGUAGACCCCAACGCCCCCGAGGACGACGUAGGCAACGCAGACCCCAACGCAGGCAACGCAGAUGCCGGCAGCGUCAUCGCGCAGGCCAGCGACGCCAGCCUCAGCCCGCAGGCCAGCCGCGCCAGCCUCAUCGCGCAGUUCAGCGAGGCCACCCUCAGCUUGCAGGCCAGCCUCGGCCCCCGGAGCUCGCUCGCGUCCAGCCAGGAGCUGGCCAGGCCGCCGCUCGAGCACGCACAGGCCGCGCGGCCGCGGUGGGGCACGUGGAGCUCCCGCAACCCGCCGCUGGGCCUGGCGCGGCGUCCGCCCUACGACCUGAGCCGCCGGCGCUGGGACAAACUAGCCGGCGGGCCGCUGACAGAGAGGCUAGGCCGGGGGCUGUUCCCGGAUAUCGUGGCCGAAGAGGACAGCGACGCAGGCGAGGGACCCGUUAGACCUAGAAGGGGAGCUACUUUGAGCGACGGACGCAAGCGAGCUCCGACUUUCGACGCGCCGGUAGAUGGAGCGAGACGAGCUCCAACUUUCAACGCGCUGGUAGAUGGACCUACAAGGCGAGGUCCGACUAUGGGACGAUUUCCGCCUUUGGGACAAGCUCCGACUUUGAGCGAGGGACGCAAGCGAGCUCUGGCUUCGAGACCAGCUCCGACUUUGGGACCAGCUACUUUGAGCGAGGGACGCAAGCAAGCUCCCAGUUUGAGCCCCGAUAGACGACUCACCAAGAAGCGAAACGACGCGCUAGAUGCACCCACAAAGCGAGCUACAAAGCGCGCGAGCGACGCGCCGGUAGACGGACCCACAAAGCGACCCAAGAAGGGCCCGCGAGCGAGCGACGCACCAGAGCCACAAAGCGAGCGAGCGACGCUGCACCCACAAAGCGAGCGAGCGACGCCCACAAAGCGAGCUCUAAAGCGAGCGAGCGACGCACCAGAUGCACCCGCAAAGCGAGCCAAGAAGGGCCCGCGAGCUCCGGCAGUUUGA